CCGCCCCUUGCCGCCGCUCCCCGGCUCCCGCCGCCGUCGCUGCCGUCGCGCAGACUGACCCGCCGGCGCUGCUUCCUCCGCCGCGCGGCGAUGUGACCCCUCCCCGCUCCCCGUCCUCUCCCUUCUUCCCUCCCCGCCCGCCGCCGCCCGCCGGCCCGCCCGCGCAGCGAACAUGGCGGAGCCUUCUGUUGAGUCUGCAAGCCCAGGAGGUUCAGCAACAUCUGAUGACCAUGAAUUUGAUCCAUCAGCUGAUAUGCUGGUGCAUGACUUUGAUGAUGAACGGACAUUAGAAGAGGAGGAAAUGAUGGAAGGAGAAACAAACUUCAGUUCUGAAAUAGAGGAUCUUAACAGGGAAAGUGAUAUGCCAAUCCAGGAGCUGCUCAGCCGAUACGGCUACGAUGGUACCAUGCCGCUCCAAGAAGAUGAGGAGGAUGAGGAGGAAGAAGAGGAAGAGGAGGAGGGAGAAGAUGAUGAUGAUGUUGAUAAUGAUGACAACAGUGGCUGUAGUGGUGAAAACAAAGAGGAGACCAUAAAAGAUUCAUCAGGUCAGGAAGAUGAGACCCAAUCAUCUAAUGAUGACCCAGCACCAUCUGUUGCUUCUCAAGAUCCACAGGAGAUAAUUCGCCCUCGUCGAUGUAAAUAUUUUGACACAAAUAGUGAAAUAGAAGAAGAAUCCGAAGAAGAUGAAGAUUAUAUUCCCUCAGAAGACUGGAAAAAGGAAAUCAUGGUGGGCUCGAUGUUUCAGGCUGAAAUUCCAGCUGGCACCUGCAAAUACAAAGAGAAUGAAAAAGUGUAUGAAAACGAUGACCAGCUGCUGUGGAAUCCUGACUUCUUACCAGAAGAUAAAGUGAUUGAGUUCCUAAACGAGGCAUCGAGGCGUACAGGGGAGGAGAAAGGUCUAGAUGCAAUUCCUGAAGGAUCACAUAUUAAAGACAACGAGCAGGCAUUGUAUGAACUGGUGAAGUGCAAUUUUGAUACCGAAGAAUCAUUACGAAGGCUGAGAUUUAAUGUGAAAGCAGCCAGAGAAGAGUUGUCUGUUUGGACAGAAGAAGAAUGUAGGAACUUUGAACAAGGGCUGAAAGUCUAUGGCAAGGAUUUCCAUGUGAUUCAGGCAAAUAAGGUACGAACGAGGUCAGUGGGGGAGUGUGUGGCCUUUUACUACAUGUGGAAGAAGUCAGAGCGCUACGAUUUCUUUGCACAGCAGACCCGCUUUGGGAAGAAGAAAUACAACCUUCAUCCUGGAGUCACAGAUUACAUGGACCGUCUGCUGGAUGAAAGUGAAAGUGCUGCCUCCAGCAGAGCUCCAUCCCCACCUCCAACAGCCUCCAACAGCAGCACCAGCCAGUCGGAAAGGGAAGACAGCACCACCAGCAGCAGCAAUCAGAAUGGGGUGUCUGCCAACGGGCCAGGGGAGAUACUGAAUAAAGAUGAAGCAAAAAUGGAAGGGUUGCACGUCAAUGGACCUAGCAGUGGCAAGAAAACACCUCACACGGAUCUGGAUACCAAUGGCUACGAGACUGAGAACCUUGCUGCUGAACCAAAACUCGCUCAUUCAGCUUCGAGGAAUGAAAACGACUUGGAAGAGAAAAACGAAAGACCUCUAAAAAGAAGAAGAAUUAACAGCAAUGGGAAAGAAAGUCCAGGUUCUGCAGAGUUCUUCCAGGAAGCAAACUCACACGGGAAGCUUGAAGAACUAGAAACUUUGGAGGACUGAAAUCCAAGCAGCUGAUUUUUAUUCCAUGGAGUAAAUGUUGGGGUGUCUAAAAUUUUCAGGGUUGAUGGGUUACCUUACCAAAAAACCAAGCCAAACAGCAAAAACCCAACAAAUCCAGUUCCAGAAAACAUAGGUAUAUACAAGUAUAUAUAUAUUUAACUUCUUUUCCCCUGAUACCUGCCGGUUGGCUCUUAAAAAUCUGAUUAUUUGGUGGUCUUCAGUGCUGAAAAAGCAGUGGGAGGAAGGAAAGAAAAAAGCUGCGUUCCUCAGACUCUUAAAAAUAUUUCAGGAACAAAGGUUUCUGCAACAACCCCCCCAAAAAAUCCUCCCAGAUGAAGAAGUUAA